CCAAACACUAGUGCGUGCGUAUAAAUAUGCCAUAGAUAACAACAACCGCACUGGAGCAGCACCAUGUGUUGCUCCGUUUAUGGAAAAAAUGGACGAGCUUUUUGGAAGCAAGCCCAUUGUGACAAACGUCCACAACGUCACGUAUGGAGCAGCCGCAAUUGGAAACUCAAGUGAAACUUCAGAGGACAAUACUACCCAACCAUCAGAUGAAAACUCUGAUGACAUGCAAUUGCAUACUACCCAACCAUCAGAUGCAAACUAUGAUGACAUGCUAGAGACCACUGCCACUGACGAUGUUCCAUCGACCUCCACUGCCGCUGCAUCCAAAAGGCGAAAGAUUUCUCGAUCUUUGUAUUUCAAAAUGAAAAUCGAAGAAAAGCAAAAGGACAGAGAGGACAAGAACAGAAAGUGGGCAGAAUACAUGGAAGUAGAAAAACAAAAACAAGAAUCAAGAAAGCUCAAAUUGGAAUUGUUGAAAGAAAUUUUGAAUAAAAAAAAAAAUAAGUAA